UCCCCUGUGGAGGCGACGCCCCCUGGUGGUCUGGAGCCAGUUUUAUACACGCUGUUACAUUCUCUCUUUUGCUUCUGUUGCUGUGGUUGCAGCAGUUUUUAGUUGCAGCUUUUUGUUGCUGUUUUCUGUCUUUAUGGGAUGUUUUUGUUUUUCUGUUGGAUUAGUCUUUUUAGUCUUUUUAGUCUUUUGUGUUUGAGUUUUAGAGUUUGCAGCAUUCAUGUUUCUGCAUGAUGUUUGUCUGACUGUGAAGCAUUUGCACCUGUUGGCCACCAUCAUCUACUCUGUCUGAGCAGCCAACUGAUUUUUAUUAUCAUAAACUUUAAACGGAUCAAACUUUAGGUGCUGUGUGUCGCCUCGGCGCUCCCUGGACACCUGUUUGUUUUUGUCAAUGAGUUGAUGACCUGGCCAGACGCUCAGAGUUUCUGCAGACAGAACUUCUUGGACCUGGUGUCGGUCAGCAGCAUGGAGGACGUGACGCUCCUGACCAACAUGGUGGAUCUGGACGCCAUGGUCUACAUGAACACAAGUUUCCAACAUCGAGCCUGGAUCGGUUUGUUUGACGACCUGGACAGCUGGAGGUGGUCCAUUACUGACCCCAACUUCUACAGAGACGGAGAAGCUGCGUUCAGGAACUGGAGGAUUGGGGAACCAAACAACUACCAGGGGAAAGAAAGCUGCGGCGGGAUGUGGAACAGCGGCUUCUGGAACGAUAAUCCCUGCCAGAUGUUGGCCAAAGUAAUCUGCCACGACGUACAGGAGCAGAAUGUUUCGCUGAUCUUCAUCAACCAGACGAUGAGCUGGCCUGCAGCCCAGAGCUACUGCAGAGAGCAUCACACUGACCUGGCCAGCGUGAGGAGCAUGUCAGAGAACGAGCAGAUAAAGGGCCUAGUCCAAUCAGCAGGAGAGAAUCAGGUCUGGAUCGGUAUAUACAGAAACUCCUGGAUGUGGGUGGAUGGCAGCAACUCCUCCUUCCGCCACUGGAGAGAGUCGGAGCCCAACGGGUCAAAGGAGAACUGUGCAGCAGCCGUUCUUGCAGACGACGGGCGGUGGGAGGACCAGCCUUGCUCCUGGAAAAUGCCUUUUUUUUGCAACGCAGUUCCAGGUUCAAAGCAGGUGGUGAAGGUGAAGCUGCUGAAGUCUUCCUCUCUGGACCUGGGUGACCCGGCGGUGCUGGCAGACCUGCUGCAGCAGUUUGAACAGAAGCUGAAGGACAGCAGAGUGGAAGGAGACGUAAAGCUGAGAUGGCUUGACCAAUCAGAUGGGAGGAUUUUCCACCAGGACUAGUGACGAGCUUCAGACAGGAAGAUACUUCUGCUGAAAAUAUUGUUUGUUUGUUAUUAACAUGGUUUGCUGUUUUCUAAUACCCAUAAUCCUCUUACAGUAGACAAAUAGUACAUUUAUUUGUGAUGUAAUUUAAAAUAUAAAGUUUAAUGUUUUUAUGUAGAAACUAGCUCUGCAGAAGGAAAACGUGUGUGUGAACCUGAAGACUUCAAUAAAACACCACAAACAGCAAAC